AUGGCGUUCUUUGAAACUAUACGCGACAAGGCCGUGAGUACAAUUAACCAAGUAUUGGAUAAGAAGAAUGUUUCGGGUCUCACAAAAGAUCAAUUGUUUUGUCAUGAAAAUCGUUUACCAGGAGAUGAAUCAAUUAUAGAUGAAUCAGCGGUUGAGGUUGGAAUUAAAUCAGAAGAAAGUAAAGAUCAUUAUAAGAAUCUACCAAUUCCACAAGGUAGAAUAUACUUGACACAGCACUUUUUAGUGUUUCGUGAUGCAUUUGAUAGAAGGAAUUGUUCUUUUUCAUUACACUUAUCUACGGUUAAGAAAGUUGAAAGAUUACCCACAGCAUCAUACGGAUUUGCAUUGGCGAUAUCUACACAUAGUAAACUAAAAAUCACAUUGUCUCUUAUUGGGCUUCGGUCAGAGAGUGAAAAAUUUGCCCACAAUAUGAAAUUGGCAUUGAAGAAGAACUUGCCCAAUAUUCAAAAGUUACAACCUUUCAUUCAAACAUGCUAUUCUGAAUAUUUGUUAUCCAAGAAUAAGAUAUCAGAUGAGAAGAUUGAAGUAAUCCCAGCGGGCGGUCUUGGAUUAAAGUUCAAGUUUCCAGGUAAUGCUAAGGAAUCUAGAGAUAAAUCCAAAAUGAAAUUAUGGUUCGAUCUUUUCAGGGUAGAUGGGAGGAAUUUGUCGCUUAUAAAGUCACCUAUGUUUUAUAGGUUGGUAAGAGUCGGCUUACCCAAUAGGUUGAGAGGUGAAAUAUGGGAAUUAUGUUGCGGGUCAAUGUACUUAAGAUUAGCAAAUCAAAAGGAAUAUCAAGAAUUAUUGAAUAACAAUAAGGGCAAGCAAUCAUUGGCCAUCGAAGAAAUAGAGAAAGAUUUAAACAGAUCGUUACCUGAAUACGCUGCCUAUCAAAGUCCAGAGGGAAUUACAAGGUUACGUAAUGUAUUGACGGCCUAUUCCUGGAAGAAUGCGGAAGUAGGAUAUUGCCAAGCCAUGAAUAUUGUGGUUGCCGCUCUACUUAUAUUUAUGUCAGAAGAACAAGCAUUUUGGUGUUUAAAUGUUUUGUGUGAUAGAAUUGUUCCAGGAUAUUACUCACGAACAAUGUAUGGUACACUUUUAGAUCAAAGGGUAUUCGAAUCUUUAGUUCAGGACACAGUACCAAUGUUAUGGGAGCAUAUUACAAAAAAUGAUAUUCAAUUGUCUGUUGUAUCUUUGCCGUGGUUUCUUUCAUUGUAUUUAAGCUCUAUGCCCUUGGUAUUUGCAUUCAGGAUUCUUGAUGUUUUUUUCUUGCAAGGUCCGAAAACAUUGUUUCAAGUUGCAAUUGCUAUAUUAAAAUUAAAUGGUGAAGAAUUGUUAAAGACAGAAGAUGAUGGAACGUUUAUUUCAAUCUUAAAGAAUUAUUUUCAAACUUUGGAUCAAUCGGCGCACCCUGACUCCCCAAAUCAAAAAUAUAGAUCGAUCACCAAAUUUCAGGAAUUAUUAGUAACAGCAUUCAAGGAAUUUUCUGUUAUAGAUGAUGAUAUGAUAAACAAACAUCGUAGUAAACACAGAGAUACAAUUUAUCAAAAUAUUUCUACAUUCGUUAAGAGGACCGAAUUGAGAAACCUACCAAGGACCAACAAUUUUAAUCAAGAUAUAUUGGGCAUAAUUUACGAUAGAUUUUAUUCUAUCGUAGAGUCUUAUAGUGUUACAAUGGGUUCGGGAUCUAGUAUGGAUUUUAAGGCGUUCAAAAGAUUUAUGUCGGAAAUCUGUGAUUGGGUCCAAGACCAAAAUGAUACGGAACAACAUAAUGACCUGGAUGAGAAUAAUGAAGAAUUCUUACAUAGGUUAUUUUCCCACUGGUCCUCCGAAGGGGAAGAUACACUCACUUUGUCUGAUUUGGUCGUAGGUUUAAAUAAGUUAUAUGAACCUGAUUUAAUGACUUCGAUAACGAAUUUCUUCCAGUUAUAUUGCAAUGAAGAUGGAAAAAUUGAUAGAGAAGGAAUUUUACAAAUCUCAGAAGAUUUGUUAUACCUUACAACUCCCUGGAAAGAUGGCUUGCUAUUGGACCAUAUAACGGAAGGGGCGAUCGAAAAUGCAAUUGCUGAUGAGAUUUAUAAACGACAGAAGGAGAAUGGAGCCAAGUUUGAUGAAAAAGAUAUUUCUUUACCAACAGAAGCUAAUAUAGAUAAACAAAAAUUGGAGAAUCAACAAAUGGAAAGAUACCUAUCAGCGGCAAGUACCUUUAUACAAAGGUCUUUUGAAUACGCACAGCCGGAGGAUGACGAAUUGCUUAUCAAGGAUUUGGCAAUUGAUAAUAGAAUUUCACAUAAUGCUGCACUCAAUCCUAAUACACCCGUUUUCGUUAAUUUACCAACAUUUAGAAUGGUUGUUUUAGCUGAUGAAACUUACGAAUUAUUCUUCAGUAAGACAUUGCGAACCUCUAUUCAUGUAUCGAAACCGCUUGAUUCCAAAUUUAAUACCAUCCGUAAUUUGAGAGACAUGUUCGAUGGAUUACUAGCUGAUGGUAGGAAGGUUGCAAAUAAGGUUCGUCGUCGUAUGGACUCAGCUGCUACUAGCACUUUGAAUAAUCCUAACGGUGGUAGUGACAAUGCGACAUUGAAGUCAAGCAGCCCAGAAAAGAGUAAAGACGAAGAAGAAGAAAGGGAUGAUGACUUUGGUGUUAUUUCUAUAGAUGAAAAGGAUAAAGAUUUAUUAUUAGGAGCUGAGGGCCAGGUUUCUGUUGACCCCAUAAAGAAUUCCCAUUCGACUAGCGAAGAAUUAUCAAAAUUCCGGAACGCGGAAGAUAUGUCAAAAAAACAAAAUAUUGGAAAAGAUGUUAGUGGUAAAGAUAAAAAUUUGAUCGAAUUCGAAACCUAG